GAGGAAAGACUGGCAGAAAGAGGGAAGGGAAGAGAUCCUGCCCCACCCUCUCUCAGCCCUGGAGCUGGGGGAGAGGAAAGGCAGGCCCACUAACCCAGGGAAGGUGCAGACAUGAAAUGAGCAGUGAGGGAGAGCGUGGCAGCUGCAGGGAGACUCGAAAGGGAGGCAGGUGCCUGGACUUUUCCCCUGGGGGUGGUGAGGCAUUGCAGCAUCGAUCAGCCAUGGAAAAUGAUGGGUGACAAGCGGUGCCCUUCGUACUCUUGGUUCCCUCUGGCUGAGGCCCCCCGGGGGGGUGCAGGUCUCACCUUGCACACACAGGCAGGAAAUCUGGGCGGUGCUCCAGCCUUUGCCAAGCAGCCCCUUUCACCCCCUAAAUGGCUCUUCCAUGGAAGUCCCUCCUGCUUCCUGGAGGAGGUGGCGGGUGCAGAUUGGAAGGCUUGAGUCCCAGCAAAGCUCCCCCUUGUGAGUCUCCUCACUCUCCCGGCAGCCACUUGUCUUACAUCAAGAUCUUCGACGUGGGCACCCGCUACCUGGUGAACAGAGUGCAGGACCACAUCCAGAGCCGCACCGUGUAUUACCUGAUGAACAUCCACGUGACGCCUCGCUCCAUCUACCUGUGCAGACAUGGGGAGAGUGAGCUGAACCUGAAGGGCCGCAUCGGGGGCGAUUCAGGCCUUUCCCCCAGGGGCAAGCAGUAUGCAUACGCCCUGGCAAACUUCAUCCAGGCCCAGAGCAUCAGCUCCCUGAAGGUCUGGACGAGCCACAUGAAAAGAACAAUCCAGACGGCUGAGGCCCUUCGGGUCCCGUACGAGCAGUGGAAGGCCCUGAACGAGAUAGAUGCUGGUGUCUGUGAAGAGAUGACCUACGAAGAGAUCCAAGAGCAUUACCCAGAGGAAUUUGCACUUCGAGACCAGGACAAGUAUCGCUACCGCUACCCCAAGGGAGAGUCCUAUGAGGACUUGGUACAGCGGCUGGAGCCAGUGAUCAUGGAACUGGAACGGCAGGAGAAUGUGCUGGUGAUCUGCCACCAGGCCGUGAUGCGCUGUCUCCUGGCCUACUUCCUGGAUAAGAGCGCAGAGGAGCUGCCUUACCUCAAAUGUCCCCUGCACACGGUACUCAAACUUACCCCAGUGGCCUACGGUUGCAAAGUUGAGUCCAUCUACCUGAAUAUAGAGGCAGUGAACACCCACCGGGAGAAGCCAGAGGAACUUCCACCCUGUUCCUCUGGCCAGCCCCCCACCAACCCCUCCUUGGAAGACCUGAGUGAAGGCCUCCCUUCCCUGAACCCUCAGAACGUGGACGUCAGCCGGGAACCUGAAGAAGCCCUGGAUACAGUGCCAGCUCACUACUGAGCAUCUCGGGCCAGGCACAGAGCCAGCUCCUCUCAUCCCCCCAGCCAGAGGCCAGCCCGCCCACCUACCCACCAUCUCCCAUCCAGCUUAGCUUUCUAACCUCACAGCUGACCAGAGAACAGAGCCAGGCCCUGAUUUGGCACUUGAGUUUUGGAGACUGAGGCAGACAGGAAAAGGUCGAAGGGGAGGGAAUGGAGUAGAGAAGCCAAUGACGAAAGGGGGUAGGGGAGACCUGACCAGGAACACUGCCCCCAACCAGGCUCUUACCUAUUCCAAGUGGCAGCCAGAUCCAGGAUUCCCAGGGGCACAGCUGAGGAUUGACCCCCAAGCCCGCCUGGCCUUUCAGAGAUGAAGCGUGGCUCUGGGUACCCCAAUAGCGGCUCCCCUUCAACACAAUAACAUCCACAAGUUCCCUGUUGGGGGGGGGAGAUCAUUUGAAAUGGUCAGCCCACUUCAUCCAAACAAUUGGCAUUUUGGGAAGUCUUCACCAUACAGGUGAAACGAGGGUGGCAUUUGCUAACCAAUCACCGAAGGACCCGGGGCUCCCAUUGGGGGGCCCAGGACAAAGUCAGUGUGGCUCUGCCUCCCUCCUGUGUCCUCCAGGGCCCAUGUUAUCUGAGAAUCGCUAACCUGCCCAUGCCAACUCCUUUUGGGACACUGGCAAAAUCACUCCCCCUGCUCUUCCUGCUUUGAAAAUAAAGAGGGUUGGACUUUA